AUGACGCCGCUGGAAAACCACGACAUAUCCUCCGUGCCGGCAGAGGGCAAUGAGCGCCAUGCUCUUGUUGCCAUUAGCCCUCGUGGAUUUUAUAUACGGCAUCCUCCCAAACCACAUAUAAUGAACGACUUCAUCACGCCGGACGACCUACUCUUCCAUACUAUCCACAUGGGAGCGGCGGUCGUGGACCCUCACAAAUGGACCCUGAUAGUCACUGGACUAGUGAAAAAUCCCUUCGCACUUUCACUGGAUCAGCUUAAACGCCUACCACAGAAAUCGAUUACAUCGUUUCACGAAUGCUACGGUAGCCCAAUCAAGCCUCCAGUGGAGGCAGUAUGGCGUAUAGGGAACGUUGUCUGGACAGGUGUCCCUCUUGCAUCCCUUUUAUUGCUUGCUUCACCGCUCCCCGAGGCUCGUUUUGUAUGGUCAGAUGGACUCGAGCAUGGAAGCUUCCAUGGUGUUACAGCAGAUCGCUACCAAAAAGACCUACCAUUGGACAAAGCCCAAAGUGCAGAAGUUCUGGUAGCCUAUAUGAUGAACGGGGAGCCGCUAACGAAAGAGCGGGGAGGCCCAGUUAGGCUCGUCGUUCCCGGGUGGUUUGGCACGAACUCUACGAAAUGGCUUUGCCGGUUGACGUUGGAAGACAGAAGGGCAGAAGGACCAUAUACCACGACUUUCUAUAACGAAAUUGAUCCCGGAGACCCCGAAGGGAUAAAUAAACGGCCGGUUUGGGAAGCCGAAGUCAACUCAAUCAUUGUGCGGCCUGAACCUGAGGCCGUACUCGUGGAACCAAAAGUGGCGAUAGAGGGUUGGGCGUGGUGUUUUGAAGCGGUGACAAAUGUUCACAUUUCUUUUGAUGACGGUGAAAACUGGACCGCAACUGAAGUUGAAACAAGGAAAGACUUCAGCUGGCAGAAAUGGAAGAUAGAAUUGGAUCUUCCAUUUGGCUCCUACUUAGUCAUGGCUCGGGCAGAGUCCGCGUCAGGUCAGAUUCAACCACUGUCUGGGAGAAGGAAUCACGUUCAUGUCGUCAGCUUUUCUGUCAGCGCACUUGAUGCUCUAAUCAGUCCAUCUGGGCACCUCGGACUGCCCAUUUGCUCCGGCUGA